ACAUAAAUUUAUUGUUUCUGUUAUAUAAAUUUAAUAUUUAUUACUUAUCGAUUACCUAUUGUAUAUAAGGCACAUGUGCUACAUUGGUAUUUGGAGUUCAUUACCCUAACUAUACUGUAAUUAAAAUAAUUAUCCUAACUAGUACCAAAGGCUUCCACUUAGCAAUCACUCGAAGUGCGCCAGCACCUCCACUCACUUCACGUCAAGCGAUUCCCAUCAUUGUUUCACUGGUGGAGAAACCGAGGCCCAGGGCACUUGGGGCAAGGCGUUCAGGGAGCUUUCGGUCCGGAAGCAGCGUCGGGGCGGGAAUUCGAACCCUGGGUUCCCACACUCGUCCGUGGCCCAGGCCUUUUCCCAAACUGAUCACAGGAAGUGACGACCCGUUCGCCCGGCGGACCGGGGGCGUCGGGCGGGUCCUGGUCCAAGUGAGUGCCCGCCCCUGCCCAGGGCUGGCGGAGUUCUUCCCCCAGCUGCAGGUAGACGUGGGAACUCGGCAGGGUACGGAGCUGCGGGAUCCGAUAGGCCCUCGAGGGCCCCUGGGGCGCCGCUGUUCUGCCCUGGGAGAGGGUGGGAAGUAAGUGAAAUGCCGGAGAGAAAGCUAAAGAACGACCGAGAGACCGAGACCUAGAGAAAGAGGCGGAGGUAGGGAGAUGAGGAAGGAAAGCGCACGUGGAUGAGUAAAGGUGUCCAUUUACACAUUCAGAGACACAAAUACAGGAAGAGACAGGGGCGCAGGCAGACACCCCGAGACAGGCUCGGAGAGUCGCAGGAAGAGACAGAGUUAGAGACGCCUAGAGCAAAGGAGAUGGGCAGUCUAGACCAGGCGCGUCUACACCUGCGUUCGCCCUCAGGCUAAAAUUGUCAGCUAGGACCGCCUUCCUUCCCCUGGCAGCCCAAACCCCUGGCAGCUUGCAGACUGCGGCUGCUGGCAACACCCGAGUAAGAUCCUAUCCGGCGGCUGCGCUCUACUUUCCAGGGAACAGUAGACCUUACAGGCGACGGGCCGCAGCUGCAGGGGCCGUCGUGCUAGCCAAGGGCGGCGCGCGGAGAACGGCGCGGCCUUGUCUUCGGCCAAUCAGGACUCAGCGGCCUCUUGGCCGCGCCCACACACGCACCCCCGGUGGGCCUGGGCUUUGCUCUGCACGGUUCUGCCCGCUGACGCUGCCCACGCAAAUGAGGUCAGCCGGGCUUUUUGCGGGUCUGGACAAAUCUAAAUCAGCCUGAGCUUUGCCUUCGCAACCCCCUAGCCAGGCACCACGAGGAUGUCCGUGACUCACGCUUCCUUUUUUCCAAAGGCCGCCGAGCCCUUUGGGUGAACACGGAGAGACCAACGAAUAGUUCCUCCUGCGAGACCUGCCUCUUACUUUAGGAUCCGAGUCCUACAGACUGACCAGACUUGGCGCGGCACGCUGAUUAGAAGCGGCGACUGCCCGUCAAGCAUUCGUGCCUCUCCCCUCCCUUGACUUUCUUGGCAGGGUUAAGGAAUAAGAGAAAGUGGAGUUGCCUCAGUUCUGGGAGAGCCCGUUUGUGGGUCCGGCACAGGUAUCCAUCCGGACUUAGGCUCCAAAAGUCCCCUUGGGAAACAAGGAAUAGGCUCGAGCCUUCGAUUGAGUCGAGGGAGAUGUCAAUCAAUGCAUGGGCGGGUGCAAACGCAACACAACGCACAGUAUUGGUUAGGGUUUGGCGGGGGGAGUAGACAGCGGGGAAAUAAGGCGGCUUAUCUCGAUUGGCCCAGAAAGAAGGCGGUCGCACCCUAUGUACUCCGGGAUUGGCUAGAGCGAGCCGCGCCCUCCCCUCACGCCAACCACCGGUAAGCGAAGUGGGCCUCGCUCUCCCCGGUUAGCAGCCGUAGCCAGAUCCGUUGAAAGGAGUGCAGAGAGGUCUGAUUGAGCUCCCGAACAGACCUGACGUAGAUCCGGAAGUGGCCCGCGCCAUCUCAACUAUGAGGGGACACCCGUAGGCGGCGGCAGAGGGACGCCGCGAGGAGCCAAUAAAGCUCCGCAACCGGAAGUGUCUUCUGGGAGGCGUCGCACCCGGAAGUGUGGCACCUCCCCGGCCGCACCCGGAAGUGUGAUGCCACCGCCGCUACGGGGAAGUAAUGGGAUGUGCAGAUGGAGGUCGGAGGAGACACUGCUGCCCCGGCCCCCGGGGGCGCGGAGGACUUGGAGGACACGCAGUUUCCCAGUGAGGAAGCUAGAGAAGGUGGAGGGGUUCACGCGGUCCCGCCGGAUCCCGAAGACGUGGGCCUGGAGGAAACAGGAUCCAAGGACAAGGACCAGCCACCCAGCCCAUCACCACCGCCCCCGUCAGAGGCCCUGUCAAGCACCUCUCGGCUCUGGAGUCCUGCAGCCCCUGAGAAUAGUCCCACACGUAGCCCUGAGACUAGCUCUGGAGGCCAGGGCGGGGACCCCAGUGAUGAGGAGUGGCGCAACCAGCGGAAGCAUGUGUUUGUGCUGAGUGAGGCUGGCAAGCCCAUCUACUCGCGGUACGGUAGUGUGGAGGCGCUGUCGGCUACCAUGGGUGUAAUGACCGCCCUGGUGUCCUUUGUGCAGAGUGCAGGAGAUGCCAUCCGUGCCAUCUACGCUGAGGACCACAAGCUGGUGUUCCUACAACAGGGCCCACUGUUGCUCGUGGCCAUGUCACGGACUUCUCAGUCAGCAGCCCAGCUGCGGGGGGAGCUGCUAGCUGUGCACGCACAGAUCGUGAGCACACUUACACGUGCAAGUGUCGCCCGCAUCUUCGCACACAAGCAGAACUAUGACCUCCGCCGCCUGCUGGCUGGCUCAGAGCGCACACUGGACCGACUUCUGGACAGUAUGGAGCAGGACCCAGGAGCCCUUCUCCUGGGUGCCGUGCGCUGUGUGCCCCUUGCCCGCCCGCUGCGAGACGCACUGGGUGCGCUCCUCCGACGUUGCACAGCGCCUGGUCUGGCGCUGUCAGUGCUGGCAGUAGGCGGUCGACUGAUAACAGCAGCCCAGGAGCGGAAUGUGCUGGCCGAGUGCCGGCUGGACCCAGCUGACCUGCAGUUGCUGCUCGACUGGGUGGGUGCACCAGCCUUUGCGGCGGGUGAGGCUUGGGCACCUGUGUGCCUGCCCCGCUUCAACCCUGAUGGUUUUUUCUAUGCCUACGUGGCCCGCCUGGAUGCUAUGCCUGUCUGCUUGCUGCUGCUUGGCACCCAACGUGAAGCCUUCCAUGCCAUGGCCGCCUGCCGGCGCCUGGUCGAAGAUGGGAUGCAUGCCCUCGGUGCCAUGCGUGCCCUUGGGGAGGCUGCCAGCUUCUCUAAUGCCUCAUCAGCCAGUGCUCCUGCCUACAGUGUGCAGGCUGUGGGGGCGCCAGGCCUCCGGCACUUCCUGUAUAAGCCGCUGGACAUACCUGACCACCACCGCCAACUGCCCCAGUUUACCAGCCCUGAGCUAGAGGCCCCCUACAGCAGAGAGGAGGAGCGGCAGCGGCUAUCGGACCUGUACCACCGCCUGCAUGCUCGUCUCCACAGCACCUCCCGACCCCUGCGCCUCAUUUACCACGUGGCUGAGAAGGAGACACUACUGGCCUGGGUGACCUCCAAAUUCGAGCUCUAUACCUGCCUCAGCCCUCUGGUGACCAAGGCAGGUGCAAUCUUGGUAGUGACCAAACUCCUGCGCUGGGUGAAGAAAGAGGAGGACCGGCUCUUCAUUCGUUACCCACCCAAGUACUCCACACCACCAGCCACCUCUACGGACCAAGCUGCCCAUAAUGGCUUGUUCACUGGACUCUGAUAGUUGGAGCUCCCAGACCAGGCAGUGCUGGGAGCAACCACCUUUGUUUUUUACCUUCUGUCUACCCUGGAAAUGUGUGUGGUGGUGUGUCCAUGGCCAGUCAUUGUCUCCCUAAGCAAUGGGGCAAGGUCUGAGGGCCUGCCGAUGAGAGAGAUGGUGGCAGCCGCCAGGCGAGCAGGCUGCUUUCCCUGCCCGGUCAUGCACCUCCUACUCUGGGGAAAUCCUUAGGCCUCCCUCUCCCUUCCCUCUGUCUCAUCUCCUCCACUUGGAUGAUGCUCUAGCGUCUGUCAGGGACUGUCCCCUCCAAACUUGCUUCCGUGGUCUGCCUCCUAGUUGAAUCUCAGCCUUGAGUGUCCAGAUCUGGCCAAGGUGUCUAGGGUGGCCCACAGGGGUGCUGGAAUUGGCACUUCAGGGCCAGGCUAUGCUUGGAACUGGCCUGAGGGUAUUUUAAAGAAAAAAACUACAUAAAAGGCCUAAAAGUAAGACCCACAAGGAUAUUCCUUUGCCCUUCUUGUACUUUUCUUCAUCUUUACCCUGCCAGAAAUGACUCCCCCCUCAAUGCUGGCUGCUGCUAACAUUAAUGAGAAGGUGGCCUCCAGUGUCCACCUGUGGAACCCAGGACACAGCACCUGACUGCACACAGUGGCUGAAAUCCAGCAUUUUUACAUAGGAGAUGCACUUAGCCUCUAAGCCUCAUUUUACUCAUCUGUGAAACAGAGAUAAGUAACCCUCUUUCAUGAACUCUUUGAUGAAGAUUUGUAAACGAAAACAGACUCGAACUAUUGUGUACCACCACAUAGCACAUGCACAUCUGUCCCAGACGUUGACAACCUGCACAAGACAAGCAGCCUAAAGCAGGAGAGACCUCCCUAGGGUUUUGUAUGUGUGCACACUACCCUCACUCCCCAACUGGCCAUUACCCUAGUUCUGCCCUUGUUUGUGGAGUUACAGCCUCAAGGCUGCAGCUUGCGUGCUGGCAAUCAGGGCCGCAGUGUGUUCCGCGCCUGCCCAGAGCUGACUCCUGAUUCAACCAAUGGCGUAACCGCGGGUUGCACGCCUGCGCGCUGAAAAGCCUUUCACCCUCACGUGGUUUCUUUUUUAACCAGUCAUCAAGCAAGGCUCGCGCGCAGGCUCUGCGUCGGAAAAUGGCGGGGAAGCUGAAACCUCUGAAUGUGGAGGCGCCGGAAGCCGCUGAGGAGGCUGAAGGUAUUGAGGGCAAGUGGGCUGCACUCCUUUCUCUCCAACCAGGGCACAAAGGAGGGAGGAUUCGUCCCAUUACAAUAAUGAAAUAAUGAUACUCUAAUUUUUUUUAAAUAAAGUGUUAAGCCUUUUGUUAUUGAAAAA